AAAGUCCUGUCACUUUUACACCUCACUUCACCUCUUUCUCUUUCCUUCCUUCUCUUCUUAUUCUCCAACCUUCCUUGAAACUUAAAAGUUCAAAGUUCAAACCCUAAACAAAACUAUUAAUUCCCCCAUCAACCCCUCUUCUUAUCAUCAUUAUUAUAUUCAAAUAUUAAUAAAAACAUUACACACAAGCAUACUCAAACUCAUUGUCUCUUUCAUUUUUUUUUCUCAACUUCUCUCUUUCUUUCUCUGGCUCUUAAAAAUGGGCACACCAAACCCAACUCAACCAAACGAUGGGCCCUGACCCACUCCGCCGGCAAUGGGAAAGCCCGGAGAAGACCACCUCUCUCUGCCCUCCGCCGAGGAUCCGCGGCGGAAUGCGGCGGCGGCGUCUGGAUGCGCCGUGGGACUCCGAUGCCUCGUCGUCUUGCUUUUCUCGGUCGCGGUUUUCCUCUCCGCACUCUUCUGGCUACCCCCGUUCGCUCACUUCGCAGAUCCCAAGGAUCUGUAUUUAAAUUCAAAGUACAAAGGGAAAGGGAUUCAGACUAAUCCGGAGUUCGGUUGGGAGAAGCCAGUUUCUUUGCUAGAAGACAACAUCUUGCAGCUUUCUAAUGACAUUUUUGAAGAGAUAGGAGCUCCCUCUACCAAAGUGAUCAUCUUGUCUCUAGAUCCCUUACCACGGUCAAACACGACAAAAGUGGUGUUUGCAGUUGAUCCUGAUGGUAAAUAUUCAGAAAUGUCUGCAGCUGCCAUUAGUUUGAUAAGAGCAUCAUUUAAAUACCUGGUUAUACGCCAAUCAUAUCUCCAGCUCACUACAUUCUUGUUUGGUGUUCCCUCCGUUUUUGAGGUGCUGAAAUUUAAGGGAGGGAUUACUAUCAUUCCACAACAGAGUGUGUUCCCUCUGCAAACAGUGCAAACAUUAUUCAACUUUACUUUGAAUUUCUCCAUUUAUGAAAUACAAUCAAAUUUUGAUGAGCUGACAAGUCAGCUAAAGUCUGGACUACAUUUGGCACCUUAUGAGAACUUGUAUGUCAUAUUAUCAAAUUCUGAAGGUUCUACAGUAGUUGCUCCUACUGUUGUCCAAUCAUCUGUCCUACUUGCAGUUGGGAUUCCACCAUCAAAGGAAAGGCUAAAGCAACUGGCACAAACCAUAAUGGGACAUCAUUCAUGGAACCUCGGGUUGAAUAACACUCAAUUUGGUAGGGCUAAGCAGGUUCGACUUUCAUCGAUCUUGCAACACUCCCUUCAUGGCAGUGGUGGUAGUGGCUCGCCUUCCCCUUCCCCUCUGCCUUAUCCCCAUCAUCACUACCACCAUCAUCAUCACCACCAAAGUCACCACCACAACACCCAUGUAUUUCCUGAAACUUCACCUGCACCUACACCUACAACUGGGGAAGGUGCUACUUUACACAAUUUUGGUGCUCCAGCCCCUGCAAGAAGUGUGCCUGCCCCAGGGAGAAGUUCUUAUGCUCAGCCUCCUAAUUGUCGAUUUGCGCAUGUAACACCUGCAGCUCCCCCUACUACUGCUCCACACUAUCCUGUUGCCUCACCAUGGGUUGGACCCCCAGCACAUGGCUUUGAUUCUUCGGUUCCUGCUUUGAGUCCUUUACCAAAUGUAGCAUUUGCACAUGCUGAACCCCCUCCUAAGAAUGAAGCAGCUGCUGAGCAUCUGAACUCUCAUUUUCAUGGACCAUCACCAUCUUCAUCUUCUGCAGGUUGUGCUGGGACUGUCAAAUGGACAUCUUUAAUGUUUUUAGUACUUGUAUUACUAGUAUAAACAAGUUCUGAAAGUGAGCUAUAAAAGGUGGGUGAGCUAGGCAAAGGCUGGCUUCACAUCUGGAGUGGAUACAAGUUAUCAUUAAGAGUGUAAAUAGUUGGACGAAUUCUACCGGGCGAAAGUUAAACAUUUUUUGCACGGUACGAAAGUAAAUUUGGGUCGUCAGAUCAUUUCAGUUUUAAAUUUACGGUUCAGAUAUUUUUUUUUCUUUUACUCUUUUUGUUUCUUCUUUCUGGACUUAAUCCUCCAUCUCUGAUGCAAAUUUGCACCCCUUUUCUGACCCUAACCCACCUCUAUUAAACCUGCACCACCACCACACCUUCGUCAAUCCUUUGCAACCACCACACCUCCGUCAAUCUCGCGUCAUCACUGCACCUCCCUCAAUCCUUUGCAACCAUCACACCUCUGUCAAACCCGUGCCACCACUACACUUUCGUCCAUCCUUUGCAACCACCAAAGGCCUUCAUCGGUUGAUUAUCUUCGUUGCGUCGGAGAGGCAAAGUACGAAGAGGAAGGAACGGAAGCACAAAGUGGAAGGCACAGAGGCUCGCGUUUGGUUUUUUUCUUUAGAAACAAAAUUGAUCUGGUAUCAUGAAUUUUGAUUUGUUGUAUGAUCUGGCUUGGGGUAGUAACGGUUUUAUUUUUCAUAUCUGAGAAAGGUGGGUUGUGUUUUAUUUUUUUUCCAAUGUGAGAAGGGGAGGUUGAUGUAGUCGUUGUUGGUUUGGAAGGGUGUGUUGUUUUCGUGGUAAUUGUUGUCGAUUGUGGAUGUGUUGUCGUCAUUUUGGCUUUGGAAGGAAGAGUUGUUUUUGGUGGUGUCAUCGUUGUCGUAGUUUGACUUCCUUAAAUGAUAUUGUCGUGGUGGUUGUGAUGUUGUCACUGUCGUUGGCUCUUGGUGGUGACGAUGGAGUUUGGUUCCUGAUGGUGGAUGGAGGAGACGAAGACAAAAGGAUAAAGUGGAAAAGAAAGAAAAAACAGAAAAAAGAAAAAAUAUUAACCUUUCAAUAUAAAAAUCUAAUGGUUGAAAAAAACUCAUAAAUUGUGAAAAAUGUUCAGCUUUACAUGGUAGAAUUUGUCGAAUAGUUGAUUGAAAAGAUCCAAGAUCAAAUGUACCCUUUAAAAAAAAUUUGUAACAAUUUCCCUUUUGGUU